AUGCGUAAUAACCAGACCCUAACCAUGGGAAAAGUUGAGACGAUCGAUUCGCUUCAAACAUAUGUCGCUGCGCCUACCGAUGGUUCAAAGGCUAGAACAAUCAUAUUCCUGGUGGAUUGUGAGUCUCUUUCACAUCUCGUCGUCUGGAAAGAACCACAAGUAUUUGGGUGGGAACUCCACACAAUCCGAGAACUAGCCGAUACUUAUGCUCGCGCUGGCUUCUACUGCUACAUACCCGAUAUCCACCGCGGAGAUUCAUUCCCCACCGAGUUCCUACGAAAUCUUGAGCCUACUCUUGUAGCUCGCCAACAUCUCAGCAGGAUCGAACGAACUAAAGCUGCCGCAAGUAUGGGUAUGGAGUUGCCUCAGUGGCUGAUUCAACACAGAGAAGUUCUUACUAAGCCUUUGAUUGACUCAUUCAUUAAGACUAUUCGAGAAUGUCCUGAAACUAGCAAGAUAGGGGUCAUGGGAUUUUCUUGGGGAGGACGGUACGCAGUUCUAGCUUCACAUGGCCAAGUUGACGCUGUAUAUGCCUGUGAUCCAUGGCUUCUCAUCGUACCCGAAGACUUUUCAAAAAUCUCAGCCCCCUUGAGUCUUGCCUUUGGCGAAAGUGACAGUCACAUGAGUAGCAGUACUCUUCAACAGAUUAAACAAAUACUGAAUAGUAUGACUCAGGUCCCAAACGAACUGAAGAUUUAUAAAGCUCAAGUCCAUGGAUUUACGUUACGCUGUGACUCAAGGUUCCACGAGGACCAUCUAGCUCAAGAUGAGGCCAGAAAUCGAGGGUUAGAUUGGUUUCGGAAGCAUUUAGUGUAG